AUGUCAAACUGGAUGAUCCCACCGCCGCCGCCCCCGGUAGCCCCUGGCCCUGCACCGACAACUAUGCCACCGCAGACUUCAAUGCCUCCACCCCCAGCACCGCCAGCUAUGCCCUCGCAGAGUUCGCCACCGCCGCCAGCGAAGUCACAAGAGACAGCUGCUGCACGUGGAAACAGAGGCCCGUCGUAUGAGGCGAGAGGUGAAAACAUGAGGACUCAGCUCGCCAACUUUUCUCAGGGCAUCGGUGAGGUCAAAACGACCCUUGCUCUGCACGGCGAGAAGAUGACGGAAAUGCAUACUGCGUUGCUGCGCCUCGACCGUCGUGCGAAUGAAACGCUGGAGGUUCAGGAGAAGCUGCACAAGCUGGAGAUGCAGAAGGCUUUGGAUGCUCAGACGAUAGAGCACAAGCAGGCCGUGGAGAAGCUCACUGGGCAGCACCAGCAGGAGUUCUGGAAAUGGAAGAAGGCCAAUGAUGACUUCAACGUUGAGAACAAGCGCUUGCUCAAUGAAGGCCAGCUAAAGGAUCAGGAGAUUCGCACCCUGAAGACAGACCUCAAAGAAAGUGAACGUCAGAACAAAGUUCUACGGCAGCGGCUGCAGGACAUCGAGUUUCAAGCGUUUUUUGACGUUUGA